GCCGUUUAGGUUUUCUUUACGUUCACUUUAUCAAAACACUGUGCAAAGUGCUUCGCGCGCGAGUGGUACAACUACGCCCUUGGCGCGCUGACGCUUGCUUUGUUGGAGUGACCAAAUGGCCUGCGAACGGUAGUGCAAUUUAUAAACAACAAUAAGGGACACAGCAUCCAUGUUGGAGCAAUACAAGUGAUAAGGGAUAGUUUAGCUAAAAUUGUUAGCUUAUGUAGGUGGCGGGCGUGCAUGAAAGGAGCGUAGAAUUGGAACACACAAGUGCUCUUUUGUGUCGCAAAACAAAUAUUAUCGUAAGUUUCCAACAAGAACACCAUUGAGUUGGAACUUUUUCGGGAGGAAGGGCAAGUAGCCAGACUAUCGUUGCAAUUGAACGAAUCUCUCCAUCGCUUCGGGAUUACUUCACUGGACAAACCCACGCGUUCGACAAUCUAGCCGAGAACAGCAGCACAAUGAUGCACAUGUCCUUCUGGUGGGGCUCUGACGUUGGCGAUGUGUUCUUCUCCGGGCUCACCGUCAAUGGCACCGGACCGAUGGUGGCACUCUGUUUAACGCUUGGCGCACUUUCCGUCGCGUACGAAGCAUUUAAGAUACAUGGAGCGAAGGUUCGCGCGCGUACAGCCCGAGAACGUUUCCGUGCUGCCUCCUGCCCGCCGAGCGAAAGUGCGACGCUUUUAUCGCUGGAGGGCAGCGUAGGUCAGGGACCACUGUCCGGUGGUCCCUUGACGCGAAGGAUCGGCAUGUUGCUGUCGGAAGCUAUCGUUUUCCUGUUCCACAGCAUGCUCGGAUACGCGCUCAUGCUGACUGUGAUGAUCUACAACGGGUAUCUAUUCGUUGCCGUUGUCGGUGGCAUGGGCCUGGGGUAUUUCCUGUUCGGCCACCUCUCGAUGAAGGUGAACAUGGAAAACUUUCAAGCGCAACGGACAAAGAUGAUCUGCACCACGCGCUGCCUGCAGCAGGAAUCUAUAAAUCCUUCCGCGUCAACUAGUCCCGUCGUCGUCCAGCAUCCUCAACCGUCGAUGCAUCUCGAAGAUGCCGAACAAUCCACCGGCCUAGCCGUAAGCGCCACGGUCCAUAACUGUCACUAAGCGAGUAAACUAGAAAGAGCGCUGCCACGUUCGUCCAGCAACACCGAUUACUGUUCCCUUGCUAAUCGGAUGGUAGUGACGAAGAGGGGAUAGCACAAAUACACCAGAUAGAAACAGUGAUUUUCAAGGUCUCGGUUCUGACCAGCAGUACAUUUCGAUGCUUUACUAUAUUUACCUGGUUGUUAAAGAGGUGCCAACAUUACCACGCUAAAGACAAUAUCUAGUAUGAGUGCUAUAAGUCUAUUCACUUUGUUAGUUUCUGUUUUAUUCAACUGAUUUGUGAUAUUUUUUGUUUCGAUUGUUAUUUUUUACAAAACUAAAAGAUUGAGAAACCACGAAGUAUAUUUUUUGCAUUGAAUCAAUAAAAGUUCAAAGGUAUUCGAUCGUUA